CAAAAAGGAACGAAAAUGAUUGGCCUAGAUUUUUUUCGAGAAAAAAAAAAUAUUUUUUAAGUGUGCAGGCGAAGCCAGUUAAUCUACUUCUUUUGCAUCCAUACACAUCUUUAAACAAUGUCUGUUACUCUCGAACUCCCUUUAGCUCUUAUCAUUCUCGAAGCUCACCUUGCUGAGAACAAGUUCAUUGCCUCUGAUAAGGCUACUGAAGCUGAUGCUGCUGUUGCCAAGGCCUUAGGUUCCGCCCCUGCUGCCGAGUUCGUCAACGUCAACAAGUGGUUCUCCGAGGUUAAGCCUACUGAGACCGCCGCUCCCGCUGCCGCUGCCACUGAAGAAGAUGAUGACAUUGAUCUCUUCGGUUCCGAUGAUGAGGAAGUUGAUGAGGAAGCUGAGAAGCUUAAGGCUCAACGUGUUGCUGAAUACAACGCCAAGAAGGCCGGUAAGCCCAAGCCUACUGCCAAGACCACCGUCACCCUUGAAGUUAAGCCUUGGGAUGAUGAGACUGAUAUGGAGGAAUUGACCAAGGCCGUCAAGUCCAUUGUCAUGGAUGGUCUCCUCUGGGGUGGUUCUCAACUUGUUGCCAUCGGUUACGGUAUCAAGAAGCUCCAAAUCAACUGUGUUGUUGAAGAUGAUAAGGUCCUCAUGGAAGAUUUAUCUGAUAAGAUUUUGGAAUUCGAGGAUUUCGUCCAAUCCGUUGAUGUUGCUGCUAUGCAAAAGAUCUAAGUUUUCUUUUUUUUCUAUCACCACAAUAAAUCUAUCUGCAAAUUAAAUAAUCGCUCUUGUGAAUUGGUCAAAUUCAUGAGAGUGUUAUUUGUUUAAACU